GAAGAUGCAGACAGAAGGUGCAUGUCUGAUGACCCUGAAAGACACAGCAGAGAAGAUGGCUUGAAACUGAUUGGAAAACUACCAAAACCACAGAAAACGAAACGUUUUAGAGGAACUGUUUUUAUCUGUACUUUUAGUUAAGGCUUGAGGGGAUGGCCUCUUUCACAGAAUUCCUGAAUGACUCUUCUAUCCACGAUGACCCUGGUGCAAAUGUGCCCCUGCCUUGGGCAGGAUACAUCACUCUGUCCCUCCUCAUGGCCAUGUUCUCCAUCACAGCUGUCGUGUUGAACUCUACAGUGAUAGUCGUCACCCUCCGGCACAAACAGCUGCGGCAACCACUGAAUUUUGCCCUGGUCAACCUCGCCGUGGCCGACCUGGGCAUCACGUUAACAGGAAGUGUGCCAUCUGUGGUGACCAAUGCAGUGGGCUACUACAUUACGGGACGGGUCGGAUGUGUACUGGAGGGAUUUUGUGUUGCAUUAUUUGGUAUAACAGCACUGUGCACAGUGGCCCUGAUUGCUGUGGAACGGCUGUUUGUAGUGUGCAAGCCUCUGGGCACCAUCACAUUCCAGACCAAACACGCCGCAGGAGGGCUGUUGUUAUCCUGGCUCUGGUCUCUGGUCUGGAAUAGCCCGCCUCUCUUUGGCUGGGGGAGCUACCAGCUGGAGGGAGCCGGCACAUCCUGCGGACCCGACUGGCAGAGUCGAGAUCUCAGGAAUGUGUCUUACAUCAUCUGUUACUUCUCACUCUGUUUUGCUGUGCCAUUCGUCAUCAUUGUGGUGUCAUAUUCAUGGCUGCUCUACACGCUAAGACAAGUAGCUAAGGUAGGUGGAUGUGUGGCUGCGAGGGCAGAGUCUAAGGUGGCGUGGAUGGUGGUGAUGAUGGUGUUGGCGUUCCUCGUGAGCUGGCUGCCAUAUGCCGCUCUGGCUCUAACAGUCGUCUUCAACCCUGAUGUUCAGUUGGCCGUGCUAGUGAAGGUGGUACCCAUAUACAUGGCCAAAAGCAGCACUGUUUACAACCCACUGAUCUACAUAUACAUGAACAAACAGUUCCAGAAGUUUGCAGUACUACUUCUGAUGUGUGGAAGGGACCCCUGGCCUUCAGAGGACGAUGCAUCUGAUGUUCAGACCGUCUUGUCACCAUUGAACAACAAAAUCAGCCCAGAGUGACUUACUGUACGUUUCACUACAGUCAUGUUAUAGCAUGAUGAACGUGCUUUUCUGUUAAAAGUGAGAUGGUCUGAUGAAUGCAGUUUUCUUUGCUGUAUGUAUUUCCUAUUGAAGUUGAGAUGGGACAUAUAGUGGCUUGUCCUUUUUUAAGGCCAAUAGCCUUUCAUUCACAUUACAUUUGUGAUUCACUACUUGCUAAAGCUAUUCAGAACCAGCUGGUGUUUGGGAGAGGAACAUUUUCAUUCUAGACAGCAUUUGAUGGGAAAAAAUGUGUAUACUGUACCUUCCUGAAUGAAAUAUGAGUCAGGUGUAUUUUUUUUUUUUUUUUUUUUUUUUUACUUUUUAUCACUUUUUCCCAGACAAAUAAGACUGCAUUUUUUUCCUCUUAAUUUGGUCAACUUUUAAGUUGUAUACCAACUUAUUGUAUACUGUACUAUAUAUAUACUUUUAAAGCCCCAAAUUUUUAUCUAAUACUUUUAUUCAGCAACAGUGCAUUAAAUUGAUCAAAAGUGACAGUAGAGACACCAAAUUUGGUGUUUCUUGAGCACCAAAUCUGCAUAGUAGAACGAAUUCUGAAGGGUCAUACUAGAGAAAUGGCUGCUGAAAAUUCAGCUUUGCAUCACAGGAAUAAAUUACAUUUCACAAUAUAUUAAAAAAGAAAGCAGUUAUUUUAAAUUGUAAUAAUAUUUCACAAUAUUGAAGUUUUUA